CGUGGAGCCAUUGAUUAUUUAGAAAUCAGUAAGGAGUUUGAUACAGUCAUUCUGCAAAACAUCCCCAAAAUGACGCUCUUCAAUAAAACGGAGGCUAGAAGAUUUAUUACUCUGGUGGAUACUUUCUACGAUAAUAAGGUUCGUUUAGUCUGCUCAGCAGCUGCCAAACCUAAAGAAUUAUUUAGUGCUGGAAAUAUGAGUCAGAAAAACUUUGAUGACAACAGAAAUCUUAUGGAUGAUUUAGGAAUUCAAGAGAAAUCAGACUUGGCCGCCGCCAGUAUAUUCACAGGAGAGGAGGAGCUGUUUGCCUUUGAGCGGACCGUGUCCAGGUUAACAGAGAUGCAGACAGAAGAAUACUGGAACCUGAGAGACUCCAAACUUAGUUGAUAAAGUGGGAUUUUAGGAAAUAUUACAUUUUUUAUUUAAUUUACAGGAUGACGAUAAUUAAAGACUGUGAUUAUUUUAAUGAUAUUAAUUUUCUGUGAUGUUAUCUUUUAGCAGCACAUACAAAUAUAACCAAUUUUAUCAGGGAUUGAAAUUUACACACAUGAUUUACAAAACAGUGAUAAGGACGUUGUUGAAUGGCAAAUUAUAUCAGCAGAUAAUUUUACAUUUUUUAUAGCCCAAUUGCAAUUAUUUGCUUU